UCUCUCCCUCGCUCUGGGAGAGCAGUGGAGUCUAGUGGUUAAAGUGGGAUGGGGUUGGGACCCGGGACCCCGGUCAGGACCAGGCUUAUGAAGCUCAUUUCAGUAAUAGGGAAACUGAGGCAUGGCGAGAUGUGCCCAGCCCCCCAGAUAAAAUCAAUGAAUGCAGGUAGUGCCUGGAAUAGAACCCAGACGUCCGGCUGCCCCGCUGAUUUCCCCUUGAGCUGCCCCUAGAAUCCCCCAGCCCCCCUCCCCCAGCCCGUGUGCAGGAGUCAAUUAGAGCUAAUAAGACCAAUUUUCAGACGUAUUUUCUGACUAAGUGGAAAAGAGAAAUUAGAGGCAAAAUAAAUGAAACAGCCCCCCCCGAAUCCGUGGGGGGCAAUUAGCUACACCCCCCAGGCAUGACGCACCCAUCUGCCCCGCCCCCCCAGCCCCUGCCCUAUAUAAAUCUGGUGCCUGAUCCCCCAGCUGUGACCAGAGCAGGGCAGAAUUUGAGAUGGGGAUCCCUGCUGUGCUCUGCAUCUCCCUGGCCCUGUGGGGGCUGCUGGGCGAAUGCGCCAGGAUCCCUCUGAUGCCCAAAGACAAACGUGGCUGGACCCUGAACAGUGCAGGCUACCUGCUGGGCCCCCAUGCCCACCGCCUGCUGAUGGAUAAGGGGGCCUUACCUGGGAAGCGGGAGGCCACUGAGGAGCCGGUGCAGCUGGAAGUGGGGUUUGAGGGUGCCCCCCUGCGCCCCGCUGCUGAGCACGGCUUCCAGACCUUGCUGGAUUUCCUCUCCUCCCUGUGUCUUCCAGUUUCUGUCUCAUUCCCACCUGCAGAGCUGGGGGCCCUGGAUUGUCUGCCCCUCCCCGAUGCUGCCGGCCAGCCCUAGCCCCCCGGCCCCCCGCCAAGCUUCGUGUGCCAGGAGCCCCCCCACACACAUGGUGACGGGCGCACACCUGAGGGCAGCACCCAUGGCCCCCACCCAGGCCCCCUGCCCUGGUGUGGACAUGCUCAGCCCUCUCCCACCUGGGGAUCCCCCCACAUCUCGUGGCCUCCUGCGCAGACCCACCCCCCCCCCGCUCCCAUUCUUCCGCCACCAGCCCCCUAGUGUGACUCCCCCCGGCCAAGAAAGGGGGAGUCGCCCCUGGUACCCAUUCCACGUCCUGCCCUGAGUGUGAUACUGGCAGGGGAGUGGGGGCUAGUGGUUAGAGCAGGAGUGAGGCUGAGAGCCUGGACUCCUGGGUUCUCUUCCUGGCUCUGCAACUAUUUCCCUAUGUGCCUUUGGGGGUACGUCCCUUCUCUGUCACUCAUUGCCUCAGUUUCCCCUCCCGUGGCACCCCGGAAUUCCCUAGUCAUCAUCCUGCAUGGGGGACAGUGACAGGCUGUGGACUCACCCAGGACCCCCAGGAGACUCCCCCUCUGCACUUGACACAGCUGCAGCCAGCGCCGGCCCGCGACACGUCCCGGAGCUGGAUGUUAACCCGACGCUCCCCAAGAACGGCGGCUGUGGACUGCCAGCGGCGGAGGGCACAGACAAGGCCAGGGACCCCCGAGUCCUGCGGGGAUCCUGGGGCAACAGACCCUCCCCAGCCUCAACUCCCAGCCUCGGGGAUGGGGGGCGGGGGACGAGCUCAGGGGAAAGAGGGGCCACCCUAA